AUGGAACCAAAGCGAUCUAGACUGCCGAUGACUUGGACUUUAAGACCAGUGUUGCCGGAGAAUGUAACAACUGAUAGUAUUACCACAGUGAAUGUGUUUGUAGACACUAUUAUUAAUCGAACCUCAACUAGCAAAAUCGUUAAGAAUCUUGGACAAUUGUCUGUGAUAAAUUCUUUGACUCAUCUUAAACGCGUUAAAAAUCAAACAAUCAUACUAAUGUUAGCCAACGAUUUGGAUCCAAACGAGUGUGUGGCAGAGUUGGAAAGCAGAGGAUUUAACUUUGAUGGCCUAUCAGGUCGACCUGAGAUAAUUCCAGUCCCGGCUUACAUGCCAAAAACAUGUAGCCAGAACCUACAAGCUCGGAAGCUGUGGCCAUGCAACUUUCAUCCAGACAAACGACUAGAGUCAAUAUUGCGUGGUGAUUUUUUUAACCAACUUGAACUUGCCACUAUUGAUGGAUACAUGAGGACGGCGUUGGCAUGUGCGACUGGUGGAGUAGGUGCUGUGGUGGUCGAUCCUUUGAACGAUUUGAUUGUAGCGCAAAGUGGUGAUUUCCGUGCCGAACACCCUGUAAAGCAUGCAAUCAUGUGCGUAGUAGAUAAAGUGGCCAAUGCUCAAGGAGGUGGAGCGUGGAACUCCUCGUCUACCAUACCUAAAACACCUAGGGUCACUGAUGACAAAACUGGGCCAUACUUAUGCACAGGAUACGAUGUGUAUGUAACCAAAGAACCAUGUGUGAUGUGUGCUAUGGCAUUGGUGCACAGCAGGGCAAGAAGAGUAUUCUAUGGAUUUGAGGAUGACAGCAGGCCCGGAGGCUUAGGUGGAUCAGUCAGCAUACAUCUCCUCAAAGGAAUAAACCAUCGAUUUGAGGUUUUUGCCGGUGUUUUAGAAGAAGAAUGCAGAACUGCAGCAUUGGUUUUGCAUACCAACAAUAUUGUUCAGAACAUAAAACACACUGAGUAA